AGGUAAUGGCGGAUAUUAACUUGUACACGGAUGUGAGUGAUAAUUGAUGCUGCAAAUCUAAAAAUGCAACUGUGAAAUUUUUUUCGUGCAUGGAUGUUUUAUGGCUUACUUGUAACAACAUGAAUUUAAAAUGAGUAAACAAUGGGAAUGGGUUCGGACAAACGGUCUUGGACAUGAGCACAACGAAUCACGGAGCCUCGUGCCUGGAAAAGAGUGCACAGGCAUGCGCAGUCCAAUACCGGACCUUGUGGUGGUACCGGAACUCCAAGAGCAAACAUUCUGCCAGGAAGUAAGCCCGGGACUACUGUGUACCCAAACAUUUCUGUCACCACGAAGUUCCGGCUCGUCUGCUGCGCGAGCAAGUAGCAUCACCUCAUCCAUUUUUGACCUGUCUUUCGAAAGCGCCCAACUGGAAAAGGCUUUGGUGGAGAAUGAUACUUACACUCUGCAGAAGAUUUUCGAGAUCCAUUUCGCCAAGUUUCCUCGAAGUGUUAAGGAGGACAGAUUGAGUGUCGGGUCGCGAAGCCGGAGACCGAGCAGUCGUUACAGCACCGACACGGAAGUCAACAGACGAUGUCCGACCCCGAUCGAAUUUUUUGAUCGUCGCGAAAGCGUGACCCCUGAGUGUGACAUCCCGCUGAUAUUUAAAACAGCUCUGCAUGUUGCCAUACAUAACAACUCAACUGAAGCUGUCAAACUUUUGUUAAGAUGCAAUAUUGAUCCCAAUUUCCCUAACGCUAAUUUGAUCAGUCACAUAAAAGCAGGAUGCCAUGCUACCGACGCACUGAAAAUUAAUAUACUAAAGCCUUCUGCACAGAAAGGAAGCUUGAGUCCACAGAUCGAUUAUCAUAACACAAGAGCUGAUCACAACAGCAUCAAUAUUGAGGAGACCAGCAGUUGUUUAGCUCCGCCCGCACCCGUCAUCAGUGAUGAUUUGGGGGACUAUUCAGUCGACGAUCUUUAUCACCUCCCGCCGCUGUUUUUGUCCAUUGUGGAGCAAAAGCCUGUAAUAACACACUUGUUGCUCUUGCACGGGGCGGACCCCACCGUGCAAGACUCACGGGGGAACACACCUUUACAUUUCGCCGUCUCGACCUCGUUUUUUAACCUGAGCAGUGUCAGAGAACUGUUGCAAUACGGCGCGAAAACGUAUGAAAAAAACCUCGAUGGCAAAACACCUUGCGAUCUCCAUCACAACGUAAGUGUCGAGCAGCAGACAGUGAUUCGCGCGUUGCUUGCUGGAUUUUCAGUGAGUAGAAUCGCCGAUCCAAACGUUAAUCUGGUGCUGGAGGACAGCUGUAAAAGCAGCAAAUGUGACGCGAAUUCCGAUACUUUCUCCGGGCGACUAUUAAGAAGGUUCUCCAAAUCCGCCAAAUUUCGUCCCAAUGUUGGAUCAUCGACGAAGGAGAUAUUUCAUGAAAUGAGGGAGAGGCUGUCGUCUGCGAGUUCGGGUAGAAGUGCGCGCAGUAAGCACCAGUCUGUGAUUGCGGAAGACCUGGACAGUGAUGUCUCUCUGCAGACGGUGCCGGCGGAAUCGCUCUCCAGUCAUGAUCGGCACAAAACCAGGAUGAGUCUACGACGAGACCGGUCCAAACACCGGAACAGCUGCGUCCAGGAACAAGACAAGUCCAAUCUCGAAGAGGCGGAACGAACCCUAUACGCUCUGAAGAAACUAGGGGCUAACAAGGAGUGCAUAACGUCACUUCUGGAUGGACUGACAAAUUACAUUAGAAUUGUGCUCACGCUUACAGACAAUUCGGAGUGUCCGUCGGUGGAGAAAGCCAUCAAUGAACUACUUAAUCAAAUCUUGCAGACUUGUUAUGAUCAGUUACAACAGACAAGGGUCCCUGAUGAAAAAUAUGAACUCUUUAUCCAGCUCUCCAAACUCCUCACGGCCGCACUGGAACUAUUGCGGGGCGGUCAGACUCUGCAUUUCACCGCUCUUAGUAUCGUUAACAGGAUUAUCGACAUGUGUAUCGUCCACAAAAACUACGAAAUUCCUUCCGCCUUGUCUCACAGCACGAUACGUGAGUACCUUGAUCAAGGUAGCUCGGACACUUUACAUAAAAGUCCCAAACACUCUGGAAAUAAUGCGGCUAAGCAUGAAGAGGGAUGUGGUGCUAGCACUGCUUUUAAGCGGCCUUUUGCGAACUUUCAAAAAGGUGGGAACCACGAUACUCAUAGUGAUAAAACAGACGAGGGUGCGGAGAUGGGAAAGCUACAUCUCCUUCCGCAGUUUAAUUUUUCCCCAUUAGAAAUAUUAACUUCCUACAACCCUAGUCAAAUACUGAGCAUUUUACACAACAGUAUCACGAUGCACAAGCGUAUUAUCGGGACGCGACAAAAGUGCACACCAAGCACGCGACUACGGACUUGCACGCAUCAUUGUUUACAAAUUCUGAGUGCUCGGAUUUUAGUUGUGAUGAGCCAUGGUUCGUAUGUUCAGCACAGGAUUAUUGCAGAUGGACAUAUUAAAACCCUUGUGGAAGCUUUGGAUCCCAAUCAUGAUCCACACCUGCUGUGUCUUCUCCUCCAAGCCUUGGCCUCUAUAGCCCUGAAUCCACACUAUCACCAGGCCUUGAACGACGCCGACAUCUCGGACAUGCUGAUGCAGCUUCUGCUGCCGUCAGAUGAGUGGUAUUACACCAAUCAUAGCACCAAGUACGCCAAGUACAUCAAGUACCAUGCCGCACGAAUCCUGGUGUACAUGGGGCUCCUGCACAAACUCGGGGGUCGUGUGGACCUGUUUGACAGGAAGUUAUUUAUGGACACGGAUACCAACUCCCAUCUACAGGUCCAUUCCCCGGAGGACAGCUUCAUUGAGCUGAUGGCCAUAGGGAGAGUGGUUAUGUGGAACGAGAACCAUCAUCUACAGGCCGCCUCCUUAGAGGGACUGGUAGCAGAGCUCAUCGAGGAGGCUGUUGGGGACGAAGUGGAAAGUUCUGAGUCGACAAUGAACCUCUCUACCUCUGUCCAGAGUCUAACUACGCUCAUCAAGCAAAAUCAAAAGGGUGUGUUGUCUCCCUUUAUUUCCCCAGCAUGUUCAAUGGAGUUCUUGACCGAGAUCGACAAAAAGCCAUUCAGGGAGCAGCUGUUAAUGGCCUUGCCCAUGCUAAUUCACCCUGUGAUCAUCUUAAGACUGUUGGCUCACAAACUUUUCGGAAAUAUGAUUCGGCGGAAAUCUUCCCAUAGUACUUUGGAGACAAAGUUGCGGCCACCGGAAAAUCCGAUGGAGGAGGUCUGUCCACCCAGGUGUAAUUCGGAGAGUGUUAAAUAUGAACUGAAGAAAGAUAUAAUGAAGAAGAAGAGGAAUUUAAAAAUUUCUAUAACGAACAAUAAGAAUUCAUCAUCUGAUGAGAUGGAAUCUCCGAAUGUGUCUAGUCCUGGGGAUUACGUCAAAUACAAUGGUGUUCAGUCCAAAAAUAAGCCCACCCAGUUAGCUCUUAAAGCAAUGGGUCAGAGCUUAGCCAAUCCGACACAGUCCAAUUCUAGUGGUCAGAUAAAUCAAGUGUGUGAAUCCAGUAGUGGUAAUGCAAUUAGUAGUCCAGAGUCUUUUAGUGAAAACAAACAUGAGAAAAAUUCAGGUAACCAUGCCAACAGAUCUAAACUCUUUCAUUGGUCGAGUAAGAAGCAUCUGUGCAAGUCUCAAAGUAGCAUGUCAGCCCCUCAGUCUGAGAAUAACAAUGACAGUAUGGACCUUGGUUCUGAAGGUUCACUGAAUUCUCCUUCUGCCGAUGUUGAUAUAGUUGCGUUUCAACGAGAGCUCAUAAACUUGCCAACUUUUGUGAUGGACACUCCUGCCACUGAUGUGUCGCCCAUUUUCUCCCGCUCAAGCUCGGUGCCUGAGAACUUGGCCAGGACAGGAGGCAAUGACCCCUCCCCAACAGAGUUAUCUUCCUGCAGCUCUGAGCAUCUGAACAAUCAAAAGCGUAGUGCAGAAGUGUUCCCAGAUACUUCCAAAGUCAAAGUGCCAAAUUCACCAUCCGUUAUCACCAUAACAACCACAGACUGGACCAACUGCCCUCGACAACAGGACAUAGGAUUUCAGCCUGGCGAGUCCUCCACAGACUCCAACAGUGACUCCAAAGUGGCCAAUAUCGAAGUGCAUUUUGAGGCGCCCGCCUCCCCCAUGUCUAGUGCUAGUCAAAGUCCUCAGAUCUUUGAAUUCCCCAGCCCCUUUGAUAGCUCCAAGCCCAACAAUGGCCCACCAGCCACCAGUGUGAGUGACAAGCAGUCACUGCUUUGUAUCACCACCAGUGUGGCUACCACCACAAACUUCCUCAUCCCCUCACCCACCACCUCAAUUGCCUCCUCAACCACUAACACCUCAGUUGCCUCUCCAUGGUCACCAAGCACGCAUCACACCAACAAUGUCAAUAUGCAGGUGAUACAUCCAGAGAUUCCAAAGCCCCAUCUAGGUGUGCUCAAGGUCAUUGAAACCUGGAUCAAGGUCUGUAGCAAUGACCUUGACUGCAGCAGCCUUAUCAUCCACGAAAUGCGGGAUUUCCUUCGAAAGAUCUCCGUUCUUGGUCUCGAGUACAAAGCUUGGUGUCAACGGAUAGGCUCUUGCCUGCAUCUAGAGGAGAAGAAUACGACCAAGCAGAGAUCAGAGAAAGAAGAUGACCCACAGAACAUUCAUGCGCAGUAUAAAAGGUUGCAAAAGUUGGUGGUAGGUGGUGAGUUGCCAUGCUCCAAGGAAGACGUGGCGACACUGGCCAGCAUCCAGCUCCAUAUCGAGGAGGCGUGGCCAGAGGACAACCUCCCAAACUACACCAAGUCCGACCUCGCACUGUUCAAUAAGAAACUCUUGGACUCUCACAAGUAUCUGUCCAAGACCCCUGACCCCCAGGAGAAUCUCCGAAGGCGCAAAGAGCUUAUCCGCAAUAACAGGGCCCUCAGGAUCACGCAGAGUCGCCGUAAGGGGAGGCUAGUGCGUCAGUUGACGUGCGUCAGCGACCAUGAUGAGAACAGUCAUAACGAGGUUGACCUGUCCCAGUUUCUACCCCCAGACUUCACCACCUCCAAGAAAAUACGCUAUAUCAUACAGGAAAAACAGAAGAAGUUGUGGCAUGCUCCGUACUAUGACAGCGAGAUGAAACUGAAGCAGCAGUAUAUUAAGAUCUGUAAGAAUCUACCAGCCUUUGGAUGUAAACUGUAUCAGGUCAAAGAAUUACUGCGAGGGAAUGCCCAGAAAAAGAUUGCCCGAUUGCUCGGUGUCAACAAUGAUAAGAUCAUACUUCUGGACAGCAAGACCAAGCUUCUACUGAAAUCCCAGAGUAUAGCCGAACUGGAGGUGUGGAACACUGGAUCAGGAAAAUCCCAUGAUGGCCUGGUGCUGGAAUUCCGAGGUUCCAAACCGUGGCACCUCACCAUGGCCUCACAGGAGAACCUCAAAUCCGUCACAGCUAUUCUGUUUGACGCCCUCGAUAUGGACGGAAGAUUUCUGAAUAACGGCACUCUACGACGGGAAAGCUUCGAUUUUGAUUUCCAUCGUAAGCCCCCCAUACUGAAGCCCGCGACAGACAGAGGAACCAAGUACUCCCAGGAGCUCCAGAAUCUACAGAAGAUGCUACACUUCCCAGAGGAAGUGGCCCUCCUGCUGACCGAGACUGAGCACGCUCUGUUCACCUGUGUCCCGCCCGCCCACUACAUCCGACAGGUGACCACCGACAUCUCCCGGGGGUCACUGGUCUACCACAAGGUGUCCAGCGUGGAGGACCUGAUACAGAGGUUUAAUGAGGUCAGCUCUUGGGUGACCCAGCUCCUGAUAACCCAGCCCACUCACGAGGACCGUAAAGCCAUUCUUUCCUGUAUUGUCAGGCUAGCGUUUUACUGUUGGUGCAUCGGAAACUUCAACACCACCAUGGAAAUAGUCGCAGGGCUCAAGUCAGACAAGUUGAAGCCGUUUUGGCUGUCUAUGGUGGAUGAGGAUCUUUCGACCUUCAACUGGUUGUGUGGUGCCCUGAUGUCCCGGGAACUGACCGAUGAGUACCGCGAGGCGGUCAGCCGCUCGCUGGAUAUCCCUGACUGUAAGGUGGUGCCAUUCUUUGGGGGGUUCCUGCGGGAUCUUCGAUCUCUGUUCAUCAAUGUUCCAAGCAUCAUCGUCUUGCCCUCAGAGGAGAACCAAUCAUUAGAGUUUAUCUCUGAUUACAAUGGAGAGGACCGGUUUAUGACACGGAUAGGUGUAGGUGGACUGAUCAACAUGGACAAGCUCAAGCAGACGCAUCACGUCCUGAACGACAUCGCGCUGUUUCAUUAUCACGCAAAACAGCAGAUUGAGUCUGUCAACAGCAGACCAGGCAGCUGUUUUGAUUUCGAAAAUGAUGGGGACAGUGACUAUGACCUUGACCUAGAUUCCUACCAGCCCAUCCGCCCGGUCUUCAGCGAGCAUGAGGUGAUGAUCGUCACUCCAAAGAUGGCCGCCCUGAGUCAGCACCAGCUGCAAUGCAUGCACCACGGGAGCACGGUGAUUCACGUGGAUAACGACAGCAGUCGAUCUUGCAUGUGCCACCUGAGGCUGGAGAUCGACAAUGCCACCCUCUCCUGGCACCGCCCAGCCUGGAGCUCACUGGUGGGGAACACCUGGUCGUAUCCAGAUUACGGUCAACGAGGGGAGUCAGAGUCCGCCUCGUCGCAAGUACUGUGUUCAAGGUAUUCAAAUGGGCAGGAUGUGGAUGACAUGCUGGAAGAUGGGUACAUUGAUCUCCGCCUGGUGAAGGCUGUGAAUUCUGGGGUGGAGGAAUCCAUCGACAUAGCUGCACUCUCCAAGAGGUAUUGUCUGGACGGAAUGAACUCUCGCCAGAACGUGAUAUCGCUUCUGUACGGAGUGGGGCACUCAGAAAACAGGAAGCUGUAUUUUAUGGCCCCCUACAACAUGGCCAAAAUCUGGUUGACGGGACUACGGAAAAUUAUCAACGCCUUUCAGAAGAUGCGAUGGCAGACGGACAAGCGGAUUCAGCACCUGAAGUUUCAGUAUCUACAGUUGUUCUAUGAAGGAGAGAAAUGUCAGGGGCCCACACCUGCUGAAGCCAUCAAGAUUUUUGGUGGCAGGCGGUGGCAGGGAGGACCACAGUUAGUGGGCAGCCAGGAAAUCCCAUCAUCCAUCAAACGAACACCAAGCUUCUUCUCUUCCACCAAACCCAAGAAAUCAUCCGCAAGCAUCAGUUCAUACAAGGAGAGUCCAAAAUCAGGGUCUGCAGUAGCUAACGCUUCCCAAAAGCAGAAAGAGAAGAUAACGCAUUGCCAGAAAAAUUCACCGAGUCCGUUACGACAAAUCAAACCAGAGAUGAAUCGAUCAGCUAACAGUGCAAGUGAUCCCAACUUGAACCAGAACUGCAAGCUAAGUCCCAACCUGGGAUUCCGCCCUCGCAGUUCUACUUUCAGUUUCACUAACCGGUAUAGGAUGAAGAGGCGAAGAAUCUCAUUGGGUGUGGGUACAGGGGAUAACAAAAUGAGUUCCAUCACACAUUCCACUCAACUGACAUUCCUGGACUUUGUUGAUUUGUUCAAAGCUUUUGGACUACGCUGUAGAAAGGACCUUAAGGAUUUGUUUGAGCAGUUUGCCAUGACACCUAAACCUAAUGACAAGGACAUUCCACUGAACAAAGCACAGAGUUACAUUCCGCCUAGCAAUGACACAUGUAUAAUAACCAGAAAUAGUGCGUAUGACCUGACCAAAGACAACCAGCAAAGGAGGAAGAUCUGUGAUGCCUUGGCAGUGGCCAGUAUAGUGGCUAACUGUGCGGGGGUGGAGUCCAACCAGAACCGCUGUCUGGGACAGAGGGAGUUCCGGGAAUUCCUGGAGGAUUACCAGGAGGAACAUCUUGAGGAUGAAGACAUCAUCGAGCUCAUCCAGAGACAUGAACCAGACUCUAACUUGAGAAAGAGCUGCUGCCUGUCGUUUGAAGGGUUUGCCCGGUACCUUAUGGACAAGGACAACUACGCCUACCUGUACGAGAAAACCAAACACAACGACGAGGACAUGGACCAUCCUCUCUCUCAUUAUUAUGUUGCCUCCUCCCACAACACGUACCUAACCGGUCACCAGCUGACCGGAGAAUCCUCGGUAGAGCUCUACAGUCAGGUGUUACUGAUGGGAUGUCGCUGUGUGGAGCUGGACUGCUGGGAUGGGGAUGAUGGAAUGCCCAUCAUUUACCACGGACACACUCUGACCACCAAAAUCUCAUUCAAGGCAGUGGUGGAGGCCAUUAACAGGAGUGCCUUUGUGACCUCACCCUACCCCGUCAUUCUGUCCAUAGAGAACCACUGCUCUAUACCACAGCAGCAGAAAAUGGCACAAAUAUUCACUUCUGUGUUUGGAGAUAAGCUGGUGAUGUCGCUCCUCUUUGAGAGUGAUUUUUGCGAAGAUCCUCAGCUUCCUUCACCAUGUCAGCUCAAGCACAAAAUCCUGGUCAAGAACAAGAAGAUCCGCGACUUUGACACCUAUCCUCUAAAAAAGGUGCCCUCUUGCCCUAGAACCAACAGCAUGGCUUCUACAGAUACCUCAAUGUCAAUCAACGAUUUUGACGAUGAUGACGAUGAAGAUGAUGAUGACGACGAUAUAACAGAUGUGAAAGAAUCGGAAAUGAGACAGUCGGUGGAUAGUCAGGACAGUCAGGUGGCGGAUCAAGAUGAGCGGGGGAGGAGUUCCACUCCCUCUGUCCGCCCCAGGGCUGACUCGUUUGUUGACCAGCAAAGUGGCAACUUUGGUGGCGAGAAGUGUCGACCAAAAAGCCACCCCGACUUUGACUGGCAAUUUGACCUUGACCUUCAACCCCAGGAGAAACACCUCAGGAACAACAAGCACCAGAAGAAGACCAGUCAGAUCGCCAAAGAACUCUCCGACCUGGUCAUCUAUCUCCAGGCCGUCAAGUUCAGAGGUCUGAAUGUCAGUCCUAAUACUUCAGUGAAGAAGAAAAGUGGUGCCAGAAGAGCUCUCCUUGGCAACAACCCAGGGACUCCUCCCCUCAAUACAGAUAAAGGAGAGCUGAGUAUUCCCACUGGGAUUAUGAGACAGAGACGUCCGGACAGUACACCUGUCUGUUACCUGGUGUCUUCUCUCAACGAAAGCAAGGCAAAGCAACUGUGUCGUCGAAAUCCCAUCGGUGUUAUCAACCAUACAGAGAAACAGAUCAUGAGGACCUACCCCUCAGGGAUGAGGAUCGACUCCUCCAACUUCAAUCCUGUCAUAUUCUGGGCCUUUGGACUUCAGAUGGUUGCCCUAAAUUAUCAAACAGAGGACACUGCCAUGGCGUUGAACACAUCCAUGUUUGAACAGAAUGGACAGAGUGGGUUUGUCCUGAAGCCGGCGGUCAUGUGGGACAAGAGUCACAUGAUGUACAACCACUUCAACCCCAUGGACAAGGAGUUUGACGGUCUCCAUGCCACUGUCCUAACACUACAGAUCAUAUCAGGCCAGUACGUCAGCACUAACCACACUGCCAGUACUUACAUAGAGGUCGAGGUCAUCGGAAUCCCAGUCGACUGUGUCAAACACAAAACCAAGGUCGUCUCCAGGAACGCCCUCAACCCCAUAUGGAACGAUCUCUUCUCAUUUCAGGUCAUGUUUCUUGAUCUGGCCUUCAUCCGUUUUGUCGUCGUAGAUGCCAACACCAGCCAUGUCAUUUCUCAGCGAAUUAUUCCACUUAAGUGCCUAAGAGCAGGAUAUCGCCAUGUCCGCUUGCGAAGUUCCAAUAACCAGCCCUUAGAGUUGUCUACCCUGUUUAUCUACUCCAAACACGAAGAGGAGCUCAUUUCCUGUGACAUGCCAGAGGUCAAUGGCUUCCAUAACUCAUCUUCUUCCAAGAGCUUUAAGUCCAAAGUCAGAGAGGCUUCUGAUUCCUCCAAAGAGCCAGGUAUCGCACCAGUGGGAACCAAGGUGAAAAGAAGGAUGUUCUUUGUGAGUGUGUUCGGAGUGAACUCCCCUGACGAAUAUAUCAUUCUGAAAGUUACCCAGGAUACAUCGGUGUACGAGGCCAUCAGUCAGGCUCUAGCGAAGGCGGGCCGUGCUGAGGACAAGGUGUCUGACCAUGUGUUGGUGGAGGAUGUCCAGGUGGGCUGGGAGAAGAAGGACCAGGACAGACAGAGUGUCCAAAGGAUCUUGGACAUGUCUGAGAAGGUCCUCCAGGCCCAGAACAAGUGGAGAGGGGCCGGCAAGUUCCUCCUCAGGAAACUCAGCGAUGACCCCAGCAGCAGGGCGUGGAUGACCACCAUGUUGUCUCGGGAGCAACAGCGGAAACUUGAGUCAGAGAACAACACUGGAGACUGGGAGAGCGUGGAACAGGUGUUCCUUGUGUGUGUGUACAAUGUGGCGCCCGACCAGCCCUACACCAUCUUCAAGGCCCCCACCUCCAGCAACGCCCAGGACAUCAUUACACAGGCAAUGAUGAAGGCCCACCGGUCAGAUCUGGAUGACCUGAGGAACUUCGUUCUGGUGGAGGAAUUAGAGGUGUCCGGGGCAGACUCUCAGCUUGGGCGGCGACACAGCUCCGAGAGUGUCGAGCGGCGGAUCCUAAGCGAUGAUGAGAAUGUGUACCUGGCUCAGAGCGAGUGGAAGACCAAUGGGAAGUUCGUGAUCAUGGAUCGCCAUCAGGCGGAGACGGAAGAAAAUCCCUGUGAAAAGAAAAGGAAAGGGUUCAUCACAAAAGGACCAAAGUCCAAGUCCCUGUCCACAGAUCACCCGCGGACACACACCCGCGCCCUGUCAUGGCAGGAGACCAGCAGGAGUCCUAGUGAGCCCUCCAGCCCGAGUCUGUCCUCCUCCCGACUCAAAAAGAUCUCCUCCAAAUUCACCAACAAACUCUCCAAAUGAUCGGUCACCCUUUUAGCUACAGACUGGGGUGUAAGUCGGAACAGCCAGGAUGUGGUGGAAAAGUGAGAUGCAAUGACAGUGGUUACUAGUAAAAAGAGCAGCCAACCAAUCUCUUUGGAUGCAGUUGAAGAGAGAAUCAAUGGAAUGCUUCUUUGAAGAUGAUAUACCGUAUGAAUUAUGGUGUUUAAUCAGACUGCCCACAUUUGGCCAGUACAAAAAUGUUAGGAACUUGGACAGCGACAGAUUUAUCUUCAGCCAAGAUAAGCGAUGGAUUAAGAUGCCUAUUUCCAAAUAUGAAAGAAGCUUUUUCUAAAAGAUGGAGAGAAUUUCUGUCUACUGGGCUAGAAGUAUCGGUAUAUAGAUUUGUUCCAAAAGAACUGGUUAUUCAUGAGCCCUGAGUUUUUUAUUCCUUGGGAGAUACAGAGAAAUGAUAGUGACUUAAUGGUGUAAAUGAGGAAAUGUCCUAAUUUUCACUUAGUGUCAUGAAUUCCUUACACAAUAUUAUUUAAUUUGAAUUGUUUGCAGGGUGUAUUCUUUGUUACCAAGGAAGAAUAACAUCAAGACUUUUUAUCAUAGGGAUAUGAUGUCAUAAGAAUAUGAUGUCAGAUCAGAGAACUCAACUGGUAUUUCACUUCCUGGUCAGAUACAAUGCAUUUAAAUCCUUUCCUGGUCGAGAUUUUUUAAAAAUUUAAAUGAUUGGAGAUUUCUUAAAAAAGCUUAUAACUCUUACAUAGAAAAUUCAUUGUCAUUGAGAUAUAUGCCAUACAUUUUAAGGUGUGAGAAAAGUUGAUGUAUUUAGUUACAACACUGGAAAUGUACAUGUAUAUCAUUGUGGGAACACAUGCAGAUAUUGUGCAGGAAUGUUGGCUAAUUGUCUUUAAUAAGAUAUGUGAAAAUAAAGUGUUGUUAGAUUUUGUAUUUUAUACCUAGUAUACUUUCAAAUCACUUGAACAAGCAAUAUUGAAAUUGUUUAAAAUUUUGCCUUUUUUAAAGUUUUUAUAUCAAUUAAGUACAUUUCAGUAUUAUUUCAUAAACAUGACAGGACCUGGGUUUUUUCCCCUGUAGAUUUUGAUAAUUAAGCUAGACAUUCAAAUACGCAGGCCGCAUAAAUGUAAGUGUACGAUAUAAUUUUUUAAAGAUUUUGUUUAUACAUGUAUAAGUUCAUGCAUCAUAUAUGCACAUAGAAGGUUUCUGUCGGUAUAUUUGAUUAGAUUCGAUUUGUACUUUUUUAAUGAACCAAUUUUAUAUUUAAAGAUGAGAAGAUUUUUCAAUGAUCGAUAAACUUUUUUUCAAUAUUUUUUUGUAAUUUUGAAACUGAGAAGGGAUAUAGGACUCUUUAACAUGUUACACAGAGAAGAAGGUGAUGGAAGCUUAUUGUUUGAUUGGAUGCGUAUUGUUGACAAAUAUAUAAUAUAUAGCGAACAUGCAAAGGCGGGUGAAUGGAUCAAGCAUUUAAAUGGAUGUUCUGUUUGUGACUUCUCUUGAGAUGUUGAUACAGUGUAUAUAUAAGCGACAGUGAUUUUGUACAUUUCUAGAACUUCGAGCUAGAUAAAGCCCUUUUGGCAGCCUAUAUUGUACACAACCACACUGGGUUUUUGUGAUGCAUUUUUUUGUUCAGAGCAUUCUAUAUACAUAAUUUAGCCAUAGAGACGUAACUGUGCAGGUUCUCGGUCUGAACAUUUUUUGAACAGAUUGGCUUUUCAGCAUGGCUGGCUGGGAAAGAUACCUUUCCGCAGGUAGCUAGCUACAUGUAUAUAUAGGGCUUUCCUGAAGAAAAAAAAAUGUGUUCGUCAUUGAUAAUGUUUUUGUCUAACACUUGGUGUUUGUUUGUUGAUGUUGAGAUGUCUUUCAAGAUAUGAGACACUAUAUAUCCACUUGUUAAUACCUGCAAACAAAUGAAUAUUCAAUUUUUUUUAUGUGUCCAGUAAUAAUCCCGGGUGGGUGUUUUUUUUGUUCUUUUUUCGUCCCAUUUGCUGUUGGAAGGAGUUGAAUGCCUGAUAAACAUGGGUGUGUUGGUCUCAGUGACAGUUAUAAAGUAAGGGAGGUGGGAUGGUGUCAGAAUAUAGAGAUUUUUCUGAUCAUUGUGCUACUAAUUAUUUAUUCUUUGUUGUUGCUAUUUCAAACAUUCUGUUGACUGGCCUCCCCCACCCCCAACACCCCCCAGCCCUUUGGAUUCUUGACCCCGAGUGUUGACCUUUGAACUUUGACAUGGUGAUUUGUGAUAUGUGCAGUUGUUAUUUAUCCUAGCUACUUUGGAAUAUUUAUUUGUUCUCCCCAAGUGACAUUUGUUGCAAAUGUUACCAGAAUUCCUCAAAAUCUUCUUCUUGUUGUGGCCAUUAAUUGAUUUUUUUCUAUAUUUACCUUUGUUGAUCAGUACAAAUAUUCAUAUGUACGUGUAUGUGUUAGAGCAUUAAAUUAACUUAUUUAUAUCAGACAUUAUUUAUAUUGGCAUUGAUGCCACAAAGUCACAAUUGUGUAUAGAUAUUUAUACACUGAUGGCCGACCAGCUAAAUGGUCUGCAUGUUAAGAAAUUACAAUUUGCUUUUUUAUUUAAUUUCUUAUCUAUGAUCUACUAGUAUUUGCCUACAUACCUACAUGUCCAUACAUUUGUUUAUAAAACUUAAAAGAUGCUCUGGUGACCAUUGUGUUUUACUCAGACCAAUACCAAACAUUGUAUUAGUACAUGUAAUAACAAGUCUAUUGUUUAGUCAAGGAAUUCAAGUGAUCUUUAAGAUCAUUUUUUAUUAUCGGCAGUAGGCUAUCAUGGAGUUUAAAAUGUGCUUCAAUUUACCAAUAUUUUUUACAUGAUUAUGGUGUACCUAAAAUACAGAGUGAAGAAAUAUUCAUUAAUUGUUCUUAUUAUACAUUAUUAAACAGGGACACUGUCCAAAUGCCUUAAACUGUAUUUUUCGUCUUCAAUUUUUAUUUCAUUGCAAUCUCAAUCAUGCGAGUAUACCAUAUCAAUACUUGUAUAAGGACAGGGUCAGAUACACGCUGUAGCUAUAACGUUAGGGUAUCAUGGACCUCCCAUUGUGAAAUUAAAUAUUGUCUUUCAUUUAAUUGAGUCGAUAUAAAAACCAUGGCUAUUUUUGUGUGUUUGUUAUAGUUUUGUACAAAACAAGAGACACAGGUGUAUUGGAGAAAAUGUGUGUGUGAAACAUAUCAGGUUUAAUAAAUUCAGUGUCAUUCCUCUUAAA